AUGACUGACACGUCAGCAAUUUGGGCAUAUAAACCGGAAUCACAAAACCUCAGAAAAAUAGGAUUUUCCUUGAUUCCGGGGUUAACAAAAAUUUUGAGGCAAAAUUACCCGAUGCUGAGGCGUACUCGUGUUUGCCUUGUCGUCUUCGUCGUUGGAGGCCAUCGAGAGCGCUUCGGUCAAGAGCAAGGGUCGGUGGUUGGCGCGUGCGUGGAGGCGCUUGGGGCGUCGUCCCCGGAGUUGAAACGGGCGGCGACGACGGGGAUACGGCUCUUGGCGAAGCACCGGUCAAACUUCCGUGCGCUGAUCAGGGCAUCGGGGUCCAUUCCGGCGCUGGUGCCUCUGCUGAAGAGCAUCGCCCCUGCGAUGCAGGAGAGCGCGAUGACGGCGCUUCUGAAUCUCUCGCUGGAGGAGGAGAACAAGAAGCCCAUCACUACCGCGGGGGCUAAGCAGAAUGCUGCCUGUGCACUGCUUAGCCUGUCGAUGAUCGAGGAGAACCGGGGGACAAUCGGUGCUUGCGGGGCGAUUCCACCGCUGGUGUCUCUGCUUGUGAGCGAUUCGAGCCGGGGAAAAAACGAUUCCCUAACCACGUUGUACAAGUUGUGCUCAGUCUGGCAGAACAAGGAAAGGGCUAUCAGCGCAGGGGCGGUGCCUCCACUGGUAGGGCUGGUGGGGGAACGCAGCGACGGCACAGCCGAGAAGGCGCUGGUGGUGCUAGGAAGCUUGGCUGCGGUGCCGGAGGAUAAAGAUGCGGUGGCGGAAGCGGGAGGGAUCCCGGUGCUGGUCGAGGCAAUGGAAAUCGGACCAACAGCUGGGAGAGAGUUCGUCGUGCACGUGCUGCUGCAGCUCGCCGCCGAAAGUCCCCAUAUCCAAAGGUUUCUCUUGGGCGAAGGCGCAAUCCCACCAUUGGUUGAGCUUUCACAGGCAGCCAUCAGCAAUGGCAAUAGCAAGAAAUCAAUUCCUUCUAGAUUCCAGUGGCGCCAUUAAAUAUUCCAUCUCCUUGGACCUUUCGUUGCUCAUCAGCCAUCAGCAAUGGCAAUAGCUUCUUCAUGUUCCAGUGCAACUUCAUUCUUACACUUCUCUGGAAUUUGUCGAAGGAAUAUUGGGCCAGCGGAAUCUGGGACGGACACAUCUUCACUUCUGUCCCGGAGAUGAGCUAGAGAGGCAUCGUCAACUUUGCUUUCAUCAACAACACCGAGGAGAGCUAUUUCAUCUACACUUCCAAUGAUCCCAACCUCAAGAUUAGAUUUGUCUUCGAUUAUGAGUCUGGUCAGAUGCUCGUUUUGACGUGGAUGGAGAAUACACAAUCAUGGAUGCUCUGCUGGGCUAUUUGCGGGAGCUGCGACACUAGAACAACUCCUCUUCGUCUACCAUGGCAGGCUAAAGAUCAAUCGGCUAUUCUUGAGUUCUUCAAGAAGUUCACCAAGACAACCAGUGCUGACCUUCAGUUUGUUAUUGAUGACAUAUCUAAAGAAGAUUCAUUGGCUGUAGGAGUCACAUGGCAUUUGGGUAUACAAGAGUUGAUAUAACUA